AUGCCUAAAUCUUUCCUGGUAAAAAGGUGCAGCCCGAUGCGGCUGGCAUCCCGGAAUUGGGGAAUGCUCUCCGACCAGCUCCGGGGAGACUUGUAUAUCCCAGACCCCAGGAUUCUCCGAGGCAACACCAUGAACAUGUGGGAAAGGACACACGAAGGGGACCCCCACCAAGGCAUCAUCCAAAGCCUGUGUCAUUCUCAGCCGGUUCCCAUGGGAAAAUAUCCUAGGAACAGCAAGGGCAGGAGUCCUCCAGCGCAGGCAGAGUUGCAGUGCUGCAUGUGCAGCAAGCGUUUCCCAUUGCAGCGCAUGCUGAACCGCCAUCUCAAGUGCCACAGCUCAGUCAAAAAGCACAUCUGCAAGUACUGCGGCAAGGGCUUCAAUGACACCUUCGACCUCAAGAGGCACCUGAGGACACACACAGGCAUCCGCCCAUACCGCUGCCGCGUCUGUGACAAAGCUUUCACCCAGCGCUGCUCCCUGGAGUCCCACCUGAAGAAAAUCCACAGCAUCCAGCAGCAUUACGCCUACCGCGAGCGCCGGUCCAAGCUCUUUGUGUGCGAGGAGUGUGGCUUUACCUGCAGCGGCAGCGACGAGUACUACAGCCAUGUGCGCCAGUGCCACCCCACCAACGGCCUCCUGGGGAGAGACUUCCAGAAGCUAGUGCCGGCUGACCACACCAAGCUCCACAUUCUCUACCCUUCUGUAUACUGA